CUCGCAUGGCGGGCCGGGAAGCAGUUGCGCCAUCUCUCGAAAGGAAGGUGAUCAUACUAACGUUGAAGGGAGAGAUCUGAGGAUACAUGAGGAAGGCAUUCUGCUCAUCAUCGUCCUGUGCACUCGAACCUCGCCUUGGAAUAGGUCCCACCAGCCGUGAUGUCGGAUUCACCGCAGGAGUGGCCGAACCGCAAGCAUGAAAUCAUUUGGUCUACAGUGACUGUCUGCAUCCUUGCUACUCUGAUUUUGAUAUGGAGAAUUGUCUAUGGGGUGAUGAAGAAGCGCAAGCUUCUGGUUUGCGAUUACCUCUUGAUAAUCGCUGCGAUUAUGAACAUUUCCACGGUUGGACUCCGAUUCAAGACGACUGAUUUGGCAUUGGGAAGACACAUCUUGGACCCAAGCAUCGAAAAACCUAAGGACAUCUUCGCCUACAUGUACUAUUUGUACUGCAGUCAGGUCGUAAAUCUGAUUGCCAUGGCUGUACUCAAGUACUCUAUUUGCUCGUAUCUCCUGGUGUUGAAAUUCUCCAAGGUUUACACUGUGAUCGUCUGGCUGUCGAUUCUGAUGGUCACGGUUUUCAACCUUCUCCUGCCAUUCUUCGGAAACGUCAGUUGUACGCCUUUCGAGAAAAAUUGGAACAAGGCGUUGCCGGGAAAGUGCUGGUACAAGGGAAACCAGGGCAUUACAUACAUGCAAGGCGUCUCGAAUUGCGUCACCGACGUUGUGUAUGUCGUGGCUCCGAUCAUCUACCUUCGCACUGUUCAGCUACCGCGUCGCACACAAUGGGGAUUGCGAUGUGUUUUCCUUCUAGGUCUGGUGGCGACCGCAUGUUCAGUUAUGAAAACCAUCGAACUCAGCGCUUUGAGAAAGACAAAGGAUCCAACAUGGGACGGUGUAAACUUGACGAUAUGGAGUGCUACGGAACUCUCUGUCGGCAUCCUCAUUUCCAGUCUCCCUCCCUUGCGCGCCCAAUUCGACCGUCUCUUUCGCCGCAUUCUUCCCUCAACCAUUAUGUCCAAGUCAAAGACACCCGGAGGCGGCAGUAUACCACUCUACAAUCUGAGCAAGCACCAAUACAGCAAACCAAUGGGACGCUCAGAAGACCAGGACGACGGAAGCAGUGAGCGGCAUAUCCUACCAGAGAAUCAUACUGAGGGGGUUAUCAUGAAGACAGUGGAACACGAAGUGACAACUACGGAACUCGACCCGAGGAAGGACGAUCCAUUUCGAAAUGGCAGCCCCGACAACAAAUUCUUGAAAUGAUAUAGCUAGGGCGUAUUAUGUUGAAGAGAGUGCGGUUGUGAACGGCGUGUUGCGAGCUUUUCAAAAUUUGUUGACCUUCGGGCAUGCUUCAUUGACGGCAACUGGAUUGUUUGAAUAAAGC